AUGGCUGCCCCUGGAGGACCCGUCCAACAGUUGAAGUACCAAAACUUCGAGCAAUUGGUUCGGCCGCCAGUUCCUACAGUCUCUCCGCUUCCGGCCAAGCACUACGUCCCCUUCGAGGCGGAGCUCGCCGUGCUUUUUUGCGUGGGUACGUACUUGAGCGUUUGCAGCCUGAUCUUCUGCUACCUCUCAGAGGGUGAGUGGACCUUCAGCGAUGGCAUCUACUUCUGCCUCGUGACCCUCACGACCGUCGGGUUUGGUGACCUGGUACCCUGCGUCGCGUUGAGAUGCCGGCUCACUGGUAUGGUUUUCAUUUGGACCAACGUGCUGUUAGUCAGCGCCCUGCAUGGCAUUGUGGGUGCCAGAGUAGAGCGGGAGAUCUCACGCGUCGGCCGACGGCUGGGUCUGUCGCAACUGGCGGUCCAUCUGCUGGCCUUGAGUUUCUUCGUCGGUGUGCUUGCAGCGGGAUACAGCAACUACGAGGACAAAUCCCUGCUGGACGGCAUCUAUUUUUCUGCCUCGACUUUGAGUACGGUCGGUUAUGGGGCCAUUGCGCCGAGUCCGGGAACCUCGCGACUGCUCAUGUGCCCAAUACUUUUCGUCGGAGUGGUCUCCGUCGGUAACAUCGCCUCCUACUUGGCAGAGGCAGCCAAGGCUAGGCUCGAAGCCAAAGUUCACAUCACCUGCUACGACAAGCCGACGCGAGCCGUCAUCAGCAUUCUGGUGAUCCUGGUCUCGGCAUCUCUGGGGGGCCUUGUCUUCAAGUACGCCGGCGGCGAGGAUUGGAGUUUCAACGAAGCAUUGUACUUUUCCGUAGUCACGAUGACCACCGUCGGCUUCGGUGACUUCGCGCCGAUAUCGACCAACUUUCAGAAAAUCCUGGCAGUGCUCUUUAUCAUGCUGUCCAUCACCCUGCUGGCCGUGCUUUUCGGCUUUAUCAGCGCGGAGGCGCAAAAUCUGGGCUGCGAGCUGGAAGCUUGCUUCUCGCCGCCAAAACGGCGGAGAGGUGAGCGCUUCCGAGCGGCGUUUGCAACAGGACUUCAUCCUGGCCCCACCAUCCUGCUGCUUCUUUUGCACGCUGUCUGUGGCGCCAUGUUCGUGGCCGUGGAGUCCUGGAGUUUCUUGGACGGCAUCUACUUCACCUCAGUUGCCUUGACGACGGUCGGCUACGGCGACCUCACUCCUCGCACGGAGGUUGGGCGCAUGAUUACUACCGGCCUGGUGCUCACCGGCGUGCCCGCGACAGCUGCUUUGGUGACUUCCUUGUCGGGUCGGUUCUCGAGCAGGCUGGUUCGAAGAUUUCAAAAGCUGGAUGACUGA